CUCGUCCCCACUCUGCAAAGGCUGUGUGCGCCACCGCUACCCGAGACGCGCCCGGCAUCUUGAAUAAGAAAGUCGCACUGAGAACCGAAGGAAUAGGCCUACCAUGAACGUGUAAAGAAAACAAAUAUCGAGUACGUGGACAAGAGAAAGGAAAACGAUAUACAGUGAUUUUUGCAGAAUUACAGUUGGUGGUGAUUGAAGUUUGAAGACAUGAGGAUUCUACGAGUUGCGCUCCUGCUCGUCCAUGCCUUUGGUAAGUGUCAAGUUACACUUUUAUAUAUCAAGUCAGAUUAUAUAGUUCCUAUUCUGUAGCGUUUAUACUUUAACAUUGAAUAAACUAUUGGUGGUAAUAGUUUCUCCUAGACUUGAUUCCUCCUAAAUGGUAUAUUUCUUAUUCAUAAGAGACAUGUCUUGGAGUUACACUUGUUGACUGUAAAAGAGUGUGAACUCUAGCAUGACCUUCUGAGCAAGUCACAUAAACUUUAAAAAGAAGAGUCAACGAUUUUCAUAAGGUGUAGGCCAGUCUAUGCCAUUGAAGAACGAAGUGUGGUCAUCUUUCUAUUUUAAAACAUGCUUUAUGUAACUGGAUAUACUUAUUUUUAACUCAUAUUCUUGUACAUUAGCUAACUGUCUGUCAAUGCAACAUUUUGUGUACCAUAGCCAAGCAGGAUUAUAGUCUCCCCUGUACAGAAUACUGUACAUGCAUGAUGUUGUUGGGUGCCUCACAGUUCUUGGAGCUGAAAUGCAACUAUCCAGUUUAAUAGGCUCACCUGGAGGGGCCAUGGGGCCUCAUGCAGGGUUCUCAGUCUAGAGACAUGUUUCAACUUGCCCACUCAAACCCCUCCAUUUUCUUGGCACCUGAAUGAAUUACUGUGUUGGAAAGAAAAGCUUGUCUUCCCAGUGAGCAAAACUGCUUGAAAAGAUUUCAUUUCAACAAGUUUUGCCAUUGAAAUGAUGUAUUUUCAACUAGCAUUGCUCACUGGGUUAACUCCUCACGGUGUCAGUCAGAAUCUAAUCUACAUCUUUAAACCACAAACUAUUGAAUUGUGUAGCAUCAAUAAUGGUCAAAUGUUAAUCUUGUGUUUCCUUGUGUUUUCCAGUGGUGUCGAGAUUGGUGAGUGGAGCUGUGGUGGACAGGUAUGAGAUUGAGAGGCCGCAGCAGCAGCACACGGCAGUUAUCAACCUGUUGGAUGUCCUGAGCGACAGAAGGAUGGAGGGAGGGAUGGAGGAGAGUAACCACGGCGUGGAGGGUCCAGUGUUGGAGGAUGAUGGAAGUGAGGAAGAGGAUGAGGAGUACUAUGAUUACUACGAUGAAGAUGAAGAAGAUGCCUCAGGGGACUAUGAGGUGGAAUUACCUCGAGGUAUUUAAUAACUCACUUUGAUUUAUGUUUGUUUAUUGCUCUGUUGUAGAUCCUCCUAUUGUUUAUAGGUUCUGGAAUCCUCACUGACACAUUUAUUAGAAUACCCUUUAUAAACAUGAUUUGUGGCACUAUUAUUCAUUAGUUUAACUGACAGGUUGUCAGUUCCAUUUGAACACCUGUUCCUAUGCAACCCGUAGUUAAAUUUACUGUAUGGACCAGGUAGCCUAGCGGUUAGAGCGUUGGGCCAGUAACCCUAAUUUGCGCCAGGGGUGCUGUACUACUAUGGCUCACCCUGUAAAACAACACAUUUCACUGCACCUAUCUGGUGUAUGUGACAGUAAAACUUGUAUUCUAUGAGAUGUGUUGGCUAGAUCCAUGGAUUCAGUUGAUAAACAUUUCUUGUCUGUGUUCUUUUCUUUUUUUUAGUUGCAUUGUCGACUAAACCUAAAGACCCAUCGGCCAUCUUGGAAGCUGAGAGGAAGAGGAGGAGAGGAAAGGGGAGGAAGAAGGGAAAGGGGAAGGGGAAGAAGAGGAACCCUUGUCUGAAGAAGUAUAAGGACUUUUGUAUCCAUGGCACCUGUCAUUACCUGAGGGACAUCAAAGCUGCGUCAUGCAUGUAAGAAACACCUCUCUCUCUCUCUCUCUCUUUUCUCUCUCUCUCUCUCUCUCUAUCUCUCUCUCUCUCUCUAGUCUUCUCUCUCUCUCUUCUCUCCUCUCUCUCUUCUCUCUCUCUCUAUGCUACUCUCUCUCUCCUUCUCUAAAACUGCGGCUCUCUCUCUAUCAUCUCUUAUCUCUUUCUAAACUGCUCUCUCUUCUCUCUCUCUCUCUCUCUCUCUUCUCUUCUCUCUCUCUCUCUCUUCUCUCUCUGCUCUCUCUCUCGCUCUCUCUCGCUCUUCUCUCUUCUUUUCAUCUCUCCCGCUAGCUCUCCCUCUCUCUUUCUCUAAACCGCUCUCUCUCUCUUUCUCUCUCUCUCUCUUUCUCUCUCUCGCUCUCUUUCAUUCUCUCCCGCUAGCUCUCCCUCUCUCUUUCUCUAACCCGCUCUGUCUCUAGCUCCAUCUCUAUCUCUCCAGAAGAACAAUAUGCCUGUUGUACUGUAUGUUGCAUGAAUCACAUCUCACCCCUCUCCCUCUCUCUCUCUCUCUCUCUUUCUCCUUGUGCAGAUGUCGUCCCAGUUACUCUGGGGAGCGGUGUCACCUGUUCACGCUGGCUUCAGAGGGGAGGGACGUGGGAGGCUACAGCAGGACCACAGCUCUGGCUGUGGUGGCAGUGGUGUUGUCCUCUCUCUGUCUCACCAUCAUAGGCCUGCUGCUGGUGCUCAGGUCAGUACUACAGCCUUACACACACACACACACACAGUUUACCACAAUUUUUCACCAGAGCAGCUGUAUAACACAGGGGGUGUAUAGAACCAGAGCAGCUGUAUGACACAGGGGGUGUAUAGAACCAGAGCAGCUGUAUAACACAGGGGGUGUAUAGAACCAGAGCAGCUGUAUAACACAGGGGGUGUAUAGAACCAGAGCAGCUGUAUGACACAGGGGGUGUAUAGAACCAGAGCAGCUGUAUAACACAGGGGGUGUAUAGAACCAGAGCAGCUGUAUAACACAGGGGGUGUAUAGAACCAGAGCAGCUGUAUGACACAGGGGGUGUAUAGAACCAGAGCAGCUGUAUGACACAGGGGGUGUAUAGAACCAGAGCAGCUGUAUGACACAGGGGGUAUAUAGAACCAGAGCAGCUGUAUAACACAGGGGGUGUAUAGAACCAGAGCAGCUGUAUAACACAGGGGGUGUACAGAACCAGAGCAGCUAUAUGACACAUUAUACAUUGCAUUAUGCAGCAGCUGAAGAUAAACAAAGUCUGUAUUGGCACUGUAUUGUGGAAAUGGGCCAACAGGAAAUGAAUAGUACACAACCUAAUUGAUUGUAGAGGAAAAGGGAGAUGAGGCUAUAACAAACAUAUGACAGGAUAGUUCAGCAUUGUCAUAGUUCAACAUGUCAUAGUUUAGCGUUAUUGUUCUCACCUCACAACAAUUAUGGGAACCACAGGUGUUAUUGUUGUUGUUGUUGUUGUUGUUGUUGUUGUUGUUGUUGUUGUUGUUGUUGUUGUUGUUGUUUCAAAACAGUUCCAGGAUCCACAGGUCUGAACUCUGUUGUUGUUUUCCUCCAGGUUUCACAAGCGAGGAGCGUACGACAUAGAGAAUGAGGAGAAGGUGAAACUGGGGUCAGCGCCCAACCACUGAAGAGCUGGAGAGAAGGGUGAGUUACCAGGGAAACCUAAAUUCCUCAAUUGACAGAAAGUCAAACGUCAUCAUAACAUUACUAUACAUUACAGUAUGAUUGUGAAACAGAGGCUGGAUUUAGAUUGAUGAAAGAUUAGUCUGGGUUUUGUUUUCACACGGUCUGAGUGUUGAAGGAGUGUUGUAUGAGUGUUGAAGGAGUGUUGUCUGAGUGUUGAAAGAAACUUGAUCACUCAUUGUUUCUCCCUCUUCUAUUUCAGGACAGGAUAGGGAAAUUCUACCUCAAAAUAGAAAAGAAGAAGUGAAAAAAAGCCAGGAGAGAACCCAGAGAGACAUGGAAGGUAUGGGAGAGAAGGGGGACUAGAUGGGCGUGACCUGGACACAUAGCCCCAUCCCGUCUCACUGAUGGACAGAUGUGAUUGGGUAGCUCAGGAUUCUGCGGUAGGCCCUGCAACCUAUCAGGAGAUAGCCUGCCUAAAACUGGAACUCUGAUUGGCUGGGAGAAAAGACUGGAGUGGUGAUGAGGAUAUGGAAUUUGAGAGGAAGAGGAGGA